CUCUGGCCGCAGAAUGUGACUGAGAACAUCAUGGCCAUCAUCAUGGCCAGGUUCUUCUUGGCCGCGUGGAUCUCGUGGUGCGACUGGGUCUGGGCCUGCAUCUUCUGGCGCUGCUCUUCCUCAGCCAACGCGGCCGUCACGGGGUCUUCACUGAUCGGGGUGAGGCCGUACGCGGCCAGGGGAGACUCGUCUAAGUCACACAGCAGGUCCUCGCCGACCAUGGCCUCGUCCAUGUCUUCCAGGCAUGCGGCCCAGUCCACUGCCGGCUCGUUGGGUACCACCACAGACUCAGGGAGUACAACCUUCUCGAGUGGUACAGGUUCAGCCUUGAUCUGCGGCUCCUGGUCCAUGCUUUCCUUGCGGCCGAGCUGCUGCUUGAGCUGUUCGCUCUCGACGGCCAUGGCCGCCAGCUGCUCCUGCAGGGCCUUGAGUUCCUUCUCCUUGGCCUGCAGCUGGUCCUCGAGCUGGCCCACGUAGGCUUUCUUGCGCUCGCGGUGGAGCUGAGCUGACAUGCGGUUGCGGAUGAGACGGCGCUUCUUCUUGGCCUCCUUUGAGUCCGGGUCCAGGUGCUCCAGCUGCGCCUCCAUGGCACGCAGACGCUCCUCGCCGCUGGGGUCGAGAGUGGCCUCUGUCUUGAGCUUCUUGCUGGCGCUGGCGUGGGUCAAGUCGGCUGCCUCGAGCGGCUUGCGCUUGUCGCGGCGCGCGUUCACGCGGGCCAUGCGCUGGGCCUUUCCCGAGUGCGAGUCCGAGUCGGAAGCGGACGAAGAGGUGGCUGGGGACGACGGCGGCUCCAGCUUGAUCAGUCGCUCGCUGGCCGACACCGAGGGGGUUGCGGCCGGCGGCGGCAGGCGGAUCUGGUCCACGGGCUGAACGGCCUCCGUCGUGGUCUUCCGCUGCUGGGCGCCGUUGGCACUAGCGGUAUUCUGCCAAAUGGUGCGGAUAAAAUCGGUCAUGACUGCCGCUUGCUCGUUAUGCGUGAAUGGAAAAAAGGUGUUCUAAGCGACAGGGAGCGGUAAAGCAAAGUUAGCGGAGCUGUACUGUAAGGCGACAGGCCGUUUUUGCCGGCCGUUGGGUGGGAUGAGUUGGAGCGCAAACCAUACCUUAGUGCUCUCUACGUGCGGGGUGAUCCUGGUCACUUCCCUUCCUGCUGCUUAUCGACGCUUCUCGUAUUUUUUUAGGGGGCUUGCCUCCUCCGACUCCUUUUCCCUUGUGGCCGCUGGAUUUGAUGUGCGUGCGAGCUGCACAGUGCAGGCGGAGAUCGAGCUUAGGUCGUCUGGCGCCUGUAGCGCACUGCUGCAGGGCAACGCCGGCUGCGAGCUUCUCCAUCUGCGCGGCACAUCGAGCACCUUGGUGCCAGGGUCUCCGCCUGGCAAGCAGAGAGAUCUCCGCUGUCUCCUCCGCAAUCAAGCCCUUUCUUUCACAAGAAUCUUCCUGCUGCGACCAGGAGUGAUGGUUGUUGCGUUGUCAAGGUCGUGCGAUUGUGUGACAAUUUGCCGUUGUCGGCUCGUCACGGAGUCGGAGCGCAAAUAUUCGACUUCAGCUUACAAACGCCAAGACUAAAAGCCGAAUAUUCGUGGUACAGCCGCAUUCUGGUGCAGGUUGGGUUGAGAAAAUACAGAUUUUCCUCGUACUUAAUCGGGGGUCCUAUUUGAUCGCCGAGCCAAAAGUAAUCUCGAUUGCGGAGAAAGGCGCCCUCCCAGCC